CAAUCACGCAGCGUCACCACUUUGUUUCUAUCUGUCCGGCGUACGAUUCCACUCCACUACAACCAAGGGCCAUCAGCGACAGAAUUGGAGUUGUGUGGCAGCAGGCACCAAACGAUCACGACAGCGGCACGGCGGGACAAACACGAUGGCGACGGACAACGAGAAGAUCGCCGACUUUCUGCAGGAGGCGCGCGAUAAUGCUCCCGAUGAUUUGCAGCACUACUUUCUGAGCUUCGAGGAUUACUGGGAGCGCAAGCUGUGGCACGAGUUGACCGACAUCCUCGUCACAUACUACAACGAAGCCGACAGCAAGCCUUCACGGAUACCCAUCUUCGAGAACUUCGUCACCAAGUUCGCUGACAAGAUCAACCAACUGAAGCUGGUGCGCAUAGGACUGAGUACUGCCAAUCAGUAUCAAGAUGAUGAGCAGCGUCUGAACUUCCUCUCCGCUCUCGCGAAGCGUGUCGAUAAGCCGGCCUCAUCAGACGCGCACGUCUACGCCCUCACAGCAGUUGCCAACACACGGCUCAGCUUGAAGCAGAUUGCUGAAGCUCGCAAGGACCUGGAUAAGUGCGAGUCUGUCCUGGAUACCUUCGACUCCGUCGAGACCGAAGUGCACGCCAACUUCUACUGGGUGAGCGCCACCUACCAUCAACAUCAGCACGAGUUUGCCAAAUACUACCGAACUGCUCUGCUCUACUUGGCGUGCGUCAAGCUAGAGGACGUGACCGAGCGCGACCGACAACGCAUCGCCUACGAUCUUUCCAUUGCCGCACUCGUCAGCGAGACCAUUUACAAUUUCGGAGAACUUCUGCUUCACCCCAUUCUGGACAGCUUGAGCAAGACGCCGCACUCAUGGCUGCGUGACCUGCUCUUUGCUUUCAACCGUGGCGACCUCCACGCAUACAACAUCCUCCAACAACACAUCGACGCGAACGCGCUACUUAAGCAACAUCAGCAAUUCCUCUACCAAAAGAUCUCGCUGGCUGCGCUGACUCAGCUCGUCUUCUCCCGUCCACCACAGGACCGCAGCAUGACCUUUGCAACCAUUAGUCAAGAGACCAAGGUACAGCCCAACGAGAUUGAGCAUCUCAUCAUGAAGGCAUUGAGUUUGGGCUUGCUGCGCGGCAGUAUCGAUCAGGUGGCAGAGGUCGCGCGCAUCACAUGGGUGCAGCCGAAGGUGCUGGACAAGACGGGCAUCGAAGGCAUGCGCUCGAGGCUGAAAGAGUGGGACAGUGGAGUUGAGAGGCUGGGCAACUGGAUCGAGGGCGUCGGACAAGACGUUUGGGGCUAGACCGAGACCAUUACGCCCAACACUGCCGAUCUGUGCAUGGUGCGUAAACGCAUACCACAAGCAGCGCACAAGGACUACCGGCCAUGGCUGCACUGGGUUUCACCUCGGACGGCGGAUCGUCAAGAGGCAGUUCCCAGCAGGAGAUCGAUGAGAUGUGCGACAAGCAUCGUUUUGUCCACAUGUUGCAGAGCAUGAGUGCAAGGCUCAUUCAUUGAGGUUACGUUAGGUGACCGCAACAACCAUGACUGCAGCGCUGUCUCCUUCGCCUUGGAGGCCCGCACAGCCGCUGACUAAUCCCCCGACUUCACCUCAUGGCUUUCGUAGCUGUGCGUGACGACGCAAUGAACAUGAACAAAAUGUACCACUAUCAACACUUU